AUGAUAACUAAGGCACCUCAGUCCAGACAGUUUUUCCUAAGACAGCUUAUUCUGAAAGUGGCAUCAGGAGAGAACAAGAACAGUUUAAGGAACACUCUCUCUGUUUCAGAUGUUGGAGAGGAAGCUGGAAGAUCUGCCGGCGUCCAGCAGCCAUCAUUAUUGAGAGAUAGGAGCCUUGGGUCUACCAUGAAGGACUGUCCCUACUGUGGGAAAACAUUCAGGACAUCCCAUCACUUAAAAGUUCACUUGAGGAUACACACAGGUGAGAAACCUUACAAAUGUCCCCACUGUGAUUAUGCUGGUACCCAGUCUGCAUCAUUGAAAUACCACCUGGAACGACAUCACCGGGAACGGCAGAAUGGGGCUGGAUCCCUCUCUGGACAGUCUCAUAGUCAAGAGCACAAAGAAGAAACAUCAAGUAAAGGAUCCAUGUUUGUUAGACCUGAAAUACUGAGAGGAGCUUUCAAGGGUCUUCCUGGCAUAGAUUUCCGAAGUGGGAUGGGAUCUCAACAGUGGUCACCAGGAAUGCUUUCUCCAGGAGAUCAUCCAGGUCAUUCAACUGGUAUCUCCUCUGAGGCUUCUUCAGAUAAUAUGAAGGGUUCUGACACACCUUCCAAAGGGACACGUUUUUCUGACCUAGGCCGAGCGUAUCAUAGUAUGGUUGGAAACGGUGUGAACUUUCAAGGGUCUCUUCAAGCUUUUAUGGACAGCUUUGUCCUCAGUUCCUUAAAGAAAGAAAAAGGAAAGAAAGAGAAAGUCCUGUCCGACUGCCUUUCUGCAAAACUUUUGGGUUCAGAGAUUAGUGAGGAGAAGUUGCCCAUUAAACAGAGAAAAGCAGAAAAAUCCCAGUACGAACCUCUUGAUCUCUCUGUAAGGCCAGAUGCAGGCAGUCUUCCAGGUUCAUCAAUUACUAUUCAAGACAACAUUGCUUGGCACGGCUGCUUGUUUUGUUCCUUCACAACCUCUUCUAUGGAACUCAUGGCUCUUCACCUUCAAGCCAACCACUUAGGCAAAGCAAAACUUAAAGAUGGUGUUUUAGGAUCAAUUAGAAAUGGUAAAGACCAACCUAGAGAGUCGGUGGCUUCAACAAAUAAAGCCAACCUGCUGCCAAUUUCUUUACAGUCCAAUAAAGAUUCAGCCGUUUCAAAUCUGAUAGGUCAAGUGGAAGCUUCUGAAAGAAUGAUCCAGGGAUCCAAGGAUUCUCCUGGAGAACAAAAGAAUUCCUCUUGGCCUGGUCACGUGGACUCCACUUUUUAUAAUUUUGCAGCUGACUUCUAUAAGCAAUUUGGCGUCUACUCUGGCGUCGGCGGAGCACAUAACUCUUGUACCACCGCCGACAUGGACCUCAAAACCCAGUCUGAAGAUGACCCACCUCUGCUGCAUUCUGACCCCGUUAAUAAAAAUGCUACUGAUGACCUGUCUGACAUUGCAUCCUCUGAAGAUAUGGAGUCUUCCAAGGAAGAAGCCAUUGAUGAGGAGGAUCUUGAACCCGAAUCUGACCUUAUGAACCAACCUUUGCCCAACCUAAGCAAAGAUAGCAUUGACAGAGGAGACAGCAUACAAAGCUCUGUAGCCUCCAAAAACUCACAAGGACUCAUUUCACCAUUGCCGUCUUCUGAAAAGCAGUGGCAUACUUUGGGCCUGCUUUCCCCCCACGAAGCUGCACAAGUAGUAAUGAAACCCGAAGCAACGUCAACCCCACAAGUCCUGGAGAAGCAAGUAAACAUGCUGUCAGUCCUAAGAGCCUACAGCUCUGAUGGCUUAGCAGCCUUUAAUGGACUGAGUAGUAGCACAGGAAGUAGUGGAUAUAUCAAGAGACCUGACUUGUGUGGUCACAGGCCUUUCCAGUGCAGAUACUGCCCCUACAGUGCCUCUCAGAAGGGAAAUUUGAAGACUCACGUUCUCUGUGUCCAUCGCAUGCCUUUCGACAACAGCCAGUACCCUGAUCGCAGGUUCAAGCGCUCCAGAGUUGACUCCGAGACUUCUGGGACUUUAGAAGAAACUUCCACUGUCAAAUCCGGAAACUCAGUGGAGUUAACCGAGGAAGGCAGCAAGUCUCACAAAUAAUGCAACCGAACAACUCAAACUGUGUAUCGCAAUAUUAUGUUACAAUUUUAUGAUACGCAUUUGGAUCUCAGAGUGC